CCCCGGCGCGGCCCGCCCGCCCCGCUGCGGUGGGAGCCGGGAGCGGCCGAGGAUGGCGGCGGCUCCGGCGGCUCCGGCGGCGCGGGAGCUCACGCAGAACCCGCUGCAGAAGACGUGGGAGCCCUACGACAACGGGCUGCCCGCGGGGCACAGCGCGCAGCGCGGCGUAUGUAUGACCAAUUGCCCUACUCUGAUUGUCAUGGUGGGUCUCCCAGCAAGAGGAAAAACCUACAUCUCCAAGAAGCUGACACGCUACUUAAAUUGGAUUGGAGUGCCUACAAAAGAAUUUAAUGUUGGUCAGUAUCGUCGAGAUUUGGUGAAAAAAUAUAAAUCCUUUGAAUUCUUCCUGCCUGAUAAUGAAGAAGGCUUGAAAAUCAGGAAACAGUGUGCCUUAGCAGCGCUGAACGACGUCCGGCAGUACCUCAGCGAAGAGAACGGGCAUGUGGCUGUCUUCGAUGCUACAAACACAACUCGAGAACGUAGAGAAACUAUAUAUAAAUUUGGUGAAGAAAAUGGAUAUAAGACUUUUUUUGUGGAGUCUGUAUGUGUCGAUCCAGAGGUCAUUGCUGCAAAUAUUGUGCAAGUGAAGCUGGGUAGCCCUGAUUAUGUUGAAUGUAGUAAUGAUGAAGCAACAGAAGACUUCAUGAAAAGAAUAGAGUGCUACAAGAACUCGUAUGAGACCUUAGAUGAAACUCUGGACAAGGAUCUUUCUUACAUUAAAAUCAUGGAUGUCGGAAGGAGUUACCUGGUGAACAGAGUGAUGGAUCACAUCCAGAGCCGGAUUGUCUACUACCUCAUGAAUAUCCAUGUGACUCCUCGGUCAAUCUACCUCUGCCGCCACGGAGAGAGCGAGCUCAACCUGAAGGGGAGGAUAGGAGGCGAUCCCGGGCUGUCUGUCAGGGGGAAGGAAUUUGCCAAAAGCUUGGCACAGUUUAUUAAUGAGCAAAAUAUCAAAGAUCUGAAAGUUUGGACCAGCCAGAUGAAAAGGACAAUUCAGACUGCUGAAGCCUUGGGAGUGCCUUAUGAACAGUGGAAGGUUUUGAAUGAGAUUGAUGCAGGAGUGUGUGAAGAAAUGACAUACGAAGAAAUACAGGAAAAUUAUCCUCUUGAAUUUGCACUGAGAGACCAAGACAAAUACAGAUACAGAUACCCUAAAGGAGAGUCCUAUGAAGAUCUUGUUCAGAGGCUGGAGCCAGUAAUUAUGGAACUCGAAAGGCAGGAAAAUGUGCUUGUCAUUUGUCACCAAGCUGUCAUGCGCUGUUUGCUCGCAUAUUUCCUUGACAAGCCCGCAGAGCAACUGCCCUACCUGAAGUGCCCACUGCAUACCGUCUUAAAGCUAACCCCCGUGGCUUAUGGAUGUAAAGUAGAUUCUAUAUUUCUGAAUGUUGAAGCUGUAAACACACACAGAGAUAAACCUGAGCCAAAGCUGGAGAGGAAGACUAGAUCUCGGGAAACAGCAGGACACCCGGGGGAAGGAAAUUGAGCGUGUUUGUGACAUAAUGUAGGUGUGAAUAGGUCGAGAGAAGAGGCUUUGAGGACAGUCCCCACCCACCUAUAGCUGCAGCUCCUGGGGCAGCAGCCCUUCCUCCAGCAGCUCAGGGCCCGGCGGUGUCGGAGCAGGGCGGGAUGGACGCGCCUCCCCUUCCCUUGGAGACAUUUCGAAUGUGAUUCUGCUCCUUUGGACAAAACCUGUGCUUGUGGAUGACUCAAAAGGUAUCAGUGAAAAAGAUUGUGGGGAGCAGAGCAGAGUUUUAGAUUUUUCUCAUGUAAAUUUGUGCAGUUUCAGUGAGUUUUUACUGUUUGUGGAUAAUGCAAAGUGGUUAAUUGCCCAUGUUGAUUUUACUGUCAGAUUUUAACUAGAUUUUAUUUUCUUUUGUAAGUGUUUUUUCUAAGAGUUCUCUUAUUUUUACUGUGAAUGAUUGCCUAGAAUUACAUGGAGGUUUUUGAUGACGAAUUUAACAUGGGCAAAAUUCUACAUUUUGAGCACUGGAGGCUUCAUAUUACAAAGCUCCUUUAAAUGGGGAUGCCCAUCAGCUCUGUUUUAAAUUGCACUUUGGUCCUAUGUUUUAAAUUGAACUUUGGUUUGCCAGCCACAACUUAGAAUUUUUCUGAAAUUCACAAGAGAGAUGUUCCCUUUGGAAAAUCAAAGUAUUAAAGCUGGAUUUGCUACCUGGGAAAUUCUGCUCUUUUAGCGAGAUUUUAACACUUUCCUGAGACCAGGUGUAUUUUGGAGGGCAGUGGGGACAUGGGUGUGAGUGACAGCGGGGGAAUGAAUGGAGAGAGACACAUCCUUCCUACUGCAGUUAUGGGAGGGGAUGAGCAGCUUUUCUGAGUCUGGAAGGGAGGGGAAAAGGAUUCAGUCAAGGGCUAGAAAAGUUGCAUGUCUUGUUAGUGUUGUCUUUAUAUUUUUAGAGAAUUUUUGGAAUGAAUUUCAACAUAAAAGUAUAUGUUUCUCUUUUAUAGCCACAUUUAAUACGUACAUCAGGAAACAGUACAGAAAGGUUAGGUGAGUUUAACCAUUCUAAAUAGCUCAUGCAACAAAAACACCACGUAAAUUCUGUAAUAAUUUUAACAGGGCACACUUGCCUUGGAGUUUUUUGUAUUGUUUUUUAAGCACCUUCCAUCAUCCCAAUUCUUCGUUGCUCUUUUAUGCCUAGUGAAACUCCAGUGCUAAAAAUGGAAUUUUCUGUGUCUGUCAAAGUCAAAACCUUUUAACUGUACUAAAUCAAAGUGUAUUUUGUAUGUAUGUUACCAGACAACUGAAAUGAGCUGCCAGCACUGCUGCUGGCUCUAGCUCUGCAAUGAGGAGAACUAUUCUUUGGUAGUUGAACUGUGUUUUUCCUAAGGAUUCUCUCCAAUUAAUUGAGCUUUUACCACGUGAAUUGGUGGGGUUGUUUUGUUGUUUUGUUUUUUUUCUUUCCUGAAUUCCUGUGUGAAAUACCAGGCCCUGGUAACAUAGUUUUGCGGGCAAGGGCUAAAUUGUCUUUUGUUCGUGCAGGGUUUAUAAAAUAAUGUGCUGCUGUUGUGAUUACUUUUUUUUUUAAAAAUAAGCUAAAUUCAGCAAUAUAUUCAGCUCUUGGAAGUAAGCCAUAGUGCAUUGCUGGGUUCUGUUUCAGAGGAGGAGUGUGUAGGGUGCAGAAUGACCAGAAUACUUGCUUCAAGCGCUGCUGUCUAAAGCUUUGUGUGUGUGUGUUAUGGUAAUGCCAUUUCAGACCUUUAUUAAUUCAGCUGUGCCCGUAGUUGUGGGGUGAGGAGAGAGCCUGCCUGGCACUGCUCAGAGGAGUGAAUUCAUUGAUGUGUGGUUAACAAGGCCACCUUUGUGGCACAACUGAAGGAGCAAUUCCCCCUCCCACUGUGGUGUGGGAAAGCUAGGCUGUGCCCCAGGCAGCCCUCGCUCCUCUGCUGGGACAGGAGGGGUGGUAAAGCAGUUUUUACACUGAGAAUGUCAGGAUUUAUCUGUAAAAUUCCCAGGAGGCUGCAUUAGAAAAGUGGGAUUUUACUGGCAGUUUGUGAGCUCAGACCUGUCUGAAGAACUUUGGGUAGAAAUGUUUUCCCCAGUGAGAGCUGAGCCCAGAGUUGCUUCUCUUUGCUGGUGAACACAGCUUGAAGUGUCUCCUCUCCCCCUUUGUUUUACCUCUCUGAUCUGUCAGAGGUGCUGUAACAUCCUCCAGGCUACAUGUUCUAUGUACAGUAGGUAUUUUUAUAGCCUGCUUUCAAAUAUUCUGUGAUGAGUGUUUUACUACAAUGGGUGUUCAGUAAAGAGUUGUAUAGAAGUGUAAAUAAACUAUUGUGCUGAUACUUGAAGAGAAAAAAAAAAUGAAGUUGUUGGUUCUACAGUAGGAAGGUACUAAAUCAGUGACUGCAUCUGACGGACUGGAGAGAGCAGGUGUAGAUGAUGAAUGUAGAUUUGAGCUGAAUGUAGAUUUGGAGUGGUGGGUUCUCCCAGGGUGUAACCCUAACUGCUGCUCUGGGAAGGCACAGUUAAGAUUUGCAGUUAAUUGUCACUUUCUGUAAGUGUGUGUCCCCACUCCUGACAGAACAGUCACUGACAGGGGAGGGGAAAACCCUUGUCCUGACCUUCUGCGUUUGUACCAUUUGACUGCCUCUGUUCGUGUGUGCCUGGCUCAGAUGCAGUCUCUCAACUGGGAUUAAACUGUCCUUUCUUACAUCGUUGGCCUUUGUUGUGAUCUUUCAGACAAAUGUAAUAAUUUGACCUUUCAUCCCAGUAAUAAAGAUCAAAUGCUA